GCAGCAGCGCGUUAGAGCUGUCACUAUCUCUCAGCUGUGUCGUGUUGAAUGUUGAUUGAGAAAUAAUAGAAAUUUUGCAUACACCUAGCUGGAAUAUAGGUAUAACAGCAAGAAGGGUUUGCCCAUACUCCUCGUGCUUUGAAUUCGUUCUGCAAGUGAUUGUUGGCUCGUUCGAGUGCGGACUAAAUGGCCAACGAAGCCCGUACCGAUCGUCGGCCUGUCGACUGGGCUAGAUUUGGAUUGUCGUCAGAGCAAAACAGUGCAUUUAGUGAAGUCCAGUUUGCUAACAAACCUUCAGUUCUUGAUGAAUCAAGCUACGGAGGACAAGCCAUCAGAGAUAAUGAGCUGUACACUGAAGAACAGGGUGAGAAACCGUGGUGGAAGUCAAAUUUCUUUAUUUCCCAACCAGUUUUGUUUGGAACGUGGGAUGGGGUCUUCACGUCUGUCAUGGUCAACAUAUUUGGUGUCAUCAUCUUUCUGCGAUCAGGAUGGGUUGUAGCUCAAGCAGGAAUUGGCCUGUCCAUCUUGUUGGUCUUUUGUACAGUUGGCAUAAUUCUUGUCUCUGUGCUCUCUGCAAUCGGUAUUAUUGAGAGGUGUAAAGUUGAGAGUGGAGGAGUGUAUUUUCUACUUAGUUACGUCCUCGGUUCGCGAAUAGCAGCUGCUGUAGGUCUUCUCUACUGUUUUGGACAGGCUGUAGGUGGGGCUCUAUGUCUUAUGGGAUUUGCCGAGUCAAUAGCUGGUUUGAUCGAAGUCGAUGCACAAUAUAUACCAUGGGUCCAAAGAGGAUUAGCAACGGUCGUCGUCUUUAUCCUGGCGUCGUUCAAUAUUGCCGGCGUAAAGUGGGUUAUUAAACUCCAAUUCCUUCUCCUCUUUGCCAUGCUACUUGCAGCUGUGGACUUCAUCAUUGGCAGCUUUGUGAACAAGCCCGAUCUCGAAAACGGUUUUAUUGGGUGGAGCACCGAAUUAAUGGCCAAUAACACGGGACCGGCCUUUACUGAAGGCGAGAACUGGUUCACUGUGCUUGGUGUAUACUUUCCUACAGUGACUGGUGUAAUGGCCGGCAUUAACAUGUCUGGUGAUCUCAGAAAUCCGUCACGUGAUAUUCCGAAUGGAACACUAUCCGCCAUUGGCUUGAGCUGCUUUCUCUAUACGUCAUUUAUUUUGAUUUUGGGUUCCACGUGUGUCCGUGAUCUCCUGUACACCAACUACUUAAUCGCCGCAAAAGUGUCAGCUCUCGAGGUCCUGUUCUUUGCUGGACUCUACAUUUCAUCGCUAUCGAGCAGUUUGGGCACUUUUUAUGGCACUCCUCGCGUUCUGCAAUCCAUCGCCAGUCAAAAAGUCAUUCCCUUUAUCCGCGUUUUAGCCAACGGGAGAGGACCAAAUCGUGUACCAGUCUACGCUUUAAUGGUUGCAGCCUCUGUGACUUUGCUUUUCAUCUGGGUGGGCCAACUAAACACCCUUGCGCCCAUCGUCACCAUGCCUUUCUUACUGACUUAUGCCACCAUCGACUACGCUUAUUUCGCCUUGGCCCAGUCAUUCAACAUUCAACAGGCUCGCGAAGAACGUUUCCGACAACAAGCAUCAACCAAGACACUGACAGCUGGCGGCCCUUCUACUUCUUACGGAUCAACCACGGCUCCCAGUCGAUUUGAUUCCGGUGAUUUGGAUGAACUGUUUCCUGAACGGGUCCAUCAUCGAUCACCAUCAAGAGAACUAAGUCUUUCGCCCACUAGUCCCGUGCCUGGCGAAGACCUUCCUACAGCUCCAGCCAGUCAAGUCGGGUCAGCUGUGACUUCGCCGGCCAGCGCCAGUAACAAAUCCAUUAGUGAACAACAGCAAAAGAAGAUUAAUAUUGGUCGUAAAUCGACCAGUUGGUAUUCCUUGUUCCUUAAUCGAUGGGUCUCAUUCUUCGGGUUUUUAGUCAAGAUCGCCAUGAUGUUCUUUGUUCACUGGGUGUACGCCCUGGUUAAUUUGGCCGUUGUUUUCCUCGUUUGGUUUUACAUUGGUCGGGCCAAUCCUGGUGUAGCACCUGGUGUCACUGCAGAUUUCCGUUUCUUUACUUGGUUUCAACAAGGAAUUGCGGCCAUGUGCGGGCGAAAACCAAAGGGCUACGAAGAGAUUGUAGUCACUUCAGUCGAUCCCCAUAUGGACACUGAAGCCUCUCAGCUGACCGAAGAGAAUGAAGAUUUCGCUUCCCGCAGUCGCUAUCACCAAACUUCGACCGUUCGUGGACGCAACUUGGAUGACAGACCUGAAGAUGAAUUAGCUCUGGUCCCUUAGACAACACAACACACACACAAACUAUCGCAACCUCUUCCGACUACCGACAUUCUAAAUAUUCAGAGGAUUUACUGAAAGUGCCGUUAGCGAAAUUUGACUUAUUCUAGAGUUUAGCUCAUCCACCACUACUAACGCCACACAAAGCAAAGCCUUUAUUUACCAUUUAGAAAUUUUUUUUCCCGUUGAAAAAAAAAACUUAUCAAUUAUUUUUAAUCUGACGUUUGCACGCUCCUCGAGCGGGAAACGACGAAAACGUUUGCAGCUAAAAUUGUAUUCAACAAGAAACUAUUUUUUUACUUCAAUCACCUUAAAUCCAAUCAAUCAAGGAAGAAAAAUCAAAUGACUCUCUGAUCGUUGCGAAGCACACAGCAGCACCUUGAUAACAUUAGAAGCAGCUUGCACCCAUUAUAUUCCUGAUACAGAUCGCCAGUGGAUUGUACAGUAACUUAAAAACUAACCAAUCAAGCGAAACCUUCUGCGACAGCUAAAUUAUGAAAUUUACCAUUUAGAAAUUGAGAGUAAUUCUUUAAUGAUUGAACUACGGCAGCUAGAAAAUUGGAAAACCAGAUUACCAUGAUACGGCAAAGUAUUAAUGUUUCGUUGAUUGUUUUUUCCCUUUUUCCUCUCACCCACGAUUCGUCAUUUUUGAUCGUGUUUGUAUACAAUCCUAACCGCCAGCACGCUACAUGCCUGUACAUAUUAAAAAAUAAUAAUACCAAAGCAUUUGUAAAAGAAUGGCUGCGCCGAUGCUGCUGCUGCUGCACUAUUAUCCCAAUUUAUCAAAAAGGAUAUCGAAAUACUAUUUGUUUCGAUUGAUUAUAUUCCCGCGUGAUUUA